GAAGGGAUCAAGAAAACACUGAAUUUGUUGAUAAAGGGAUAUUUCCGGAGUUUUUCAUGAUUGCUUAUAACAAAUCUGAUAUAAAAUGGUUAACUUACUACAAAUAUUUGAAUUAUUUGAGAGAUCAUCAAAUCGACAGGCUUCUUAUUUAUGAUGAAUCCCAAAGGAAUUCGAGGCGCGGCGCAAGAUUAUAUCAGGAGCGGUUUCCAGAUCGUCAAACUCCAUCACACGCCUAUUAUUCUUGGCUCGUAGAACAUUUGAAAAAUGAACAUAACGAUCCUGUUAAUGGAGACCAUCAUAAUAUGAGCUACUGCCGAUACAAAGAUAGACAUUGCAGCUACAAAAAGCUUAACACACCCCGGUAUAGAUUUAACAGAACUAUGUUUGCAAAUUAUCUUCAAGGAGUUGUAGUGUACGAGCAUGAUGAAAUUGAAUCAGUACGAGGAAAUGAUGACGCUGGUUCUCCAUCUCAAGAGCCUAUUACAGCAGACGAUACGGAGCCGUCAAUACAAAAUGAAAAUGCCGCGUGUUCUAAGAGAAAAAGUAACACAAUGAAUACCCCUCGAUCAAGGCCAGGAAAGCAAAAUCAAGAUUCUUUGGCCAAGGAUGUUUUGACUACUGUGCAAGAACAUUUCAAGCGUCCACGUAUAGAGGAAGGCCGUUUCGACGUGUUCGGGAAAAGUGUUGCUAUUAAACUGAGAGAAAUGGAUAAAAGACAGAGCCUAAUUGCAGAAAAAUAA